UGUAUUUUUUAUAAGGUAUAAUGUUUUCAUAUAUUGUUCGAGACGAUAAAAGUAGUGUUUAUCACGCUUUAGUUGAAACUAUUUCGAGACGAUCACAUUGGACUCAGAAGACCGGCGACACCGUCAAAGCCAAUCUGAUCAUUGGGGAGAGGAACACAGUGAAGUUUCCAUUUGGAAGAUUGGGUCAUGAUGGAAUUCUGCAGCUAGUGAACUGCUACCGAGGAUCUGGAAAACUUAGCAGAAAGACUGCUCUUGUAACAGCUUUGAGUAGUUGGCAGGAAUCUACAGGAGAAGAUAUAUCGCUAUGGUUACCAGAAACCUACAUCAUCAGGCCUCAGCAGAGGGAUGAAGAAUCCUUGAGAAAGAAACCGUUCCAAGUACCAAAGCCUGACCAGAGAGAAGAACUAAAGAGAUCUCAUGCAAGCAAGCAAGCAAGUGGCAGUGGAGAUAUCUGGAUUGCUAAAUCAACAGCUGGAUUGAAAGGAGAGGGUAUUUUGAUAUCCAGUAAUUCUGAUGAACUUCUCUCAUUUGUGGACUCCCAUCCUCAUGCACAUGUUGUUCAGAAGUAUAUUGAGAAUCCUCUACUAUUACCAGGCAGCAGAAAGUUUGACAUCAGAUGUUGGGUGUUGCUAGAUCAUCAAUAUAACAUUUAUCUGAUGAAAGAAGGCGUUUUGAGAACAUGUGCUGAGCCUUAUGAACCAGAGGAUAUAUCUAAUCUUGUAUCUCAUCUCACCAAUCAUUGUAUUCAGGAGGCCCACUCCAAGGACUUUGGAAAGUUUGAAGAAGGAAAUGAGAUGUUCUUUGAUGCAUUUGACAGAAUUCUACAAGAACAUUGGAAUGUGAGCUUAGAAGAAAAGAUCUUACCUCAAAUCAGACAUAUUGUGAGAACGUGCUGUUUGUCAGUAAAAGAGGAGCUGUCUACCGCUGGACUAUCAUACCACAGUUUCCAACUGUAUGGAUUUGACUUCAUGUUGGAUACUGACCUGAGGGUAUGGCUUCUAGAAAUCAACAGUGCUCCUGCAUGUGCCCAGAGACUGUUGCCAGAGUUAGUCGCUGGUAUCAUAGCUUCUGCUAUUGAUCCACUGUUCCCUCCUCAACACGUGGAGACAGAGAUACAGGGUGCAUCAAGUAGAGUCUUUGAGAAACUAUGACACUGAUGUAACAAACUUUGAUGACUGAUCAGCAAACAAUAGACUCAACAAAUCAAACCAGAAGAAGAGGAUGCACGAAGAGGAAUCUGAGAGAACCUAUGACACUGUCCCUUCCUCAAUGUUUAAGCCAUAAGAAGAGGUUUCAUCAAGUACAUAUCGAGGGGUCAGUGACACAAAGACGAAACUCCAUUUUGAGAAAAAGUGGUUUAUGUGUCACUGAGCACUUGGACCUUAAGGAGUUAAGUCUAUCUUUCACUAGCUAUUGACUUUAAUGGGGUGUUGGGUGGAGUUAAGUCUUUGUGUUUCUUGGAAAGCCCACAUUUUUCCGAACAUUUUGAUAUGAAAUACUUAUUUUGGCAAAAUAUGGAGUUACGUCUUUGCGUCACUGAACCCUCGAUAUACAUGUACAUGCAUUUUAAUAGUCUUUCAGGAGCUUUUACGUCAUAUUUUUUUUUGGAGAGAGUGGGUUAGAGAGAGUGAGAGAAAGAGAAAGUCUUUUCUACUCUAGGAGAGAGAGAAAGAGAAAGAAAGAAACA